UACCCAACGGGACUUUGGUCAUUUCUUCGUGAGACACAACCAAAGUCAGACCCAAGUUCUUCAGCUAACUCCACUUAGCACCUGAAAUCACCAAUCACUCCCCAUUCCAAGUUACACUGCCACCACCAUUGAAUUUAUAUCGUUAUAUACCUUCGAUACGGUUAAUUUCUGGUGGCCCAGAUUGCAUGUUUUGUCGCUCAAAAUUCACCCACCGAGGCGGAUGAACGUGAGUACGAGGUGUGCGUGAUUCAGUGAUUUCUUGCAUUUCAUCUCUUUGUAUCAUUCGUGCUUAGUACAUUUAACUUCCGACAAUGUGGCUAAUAUUUCGUGAUAUCAGAAAUAUUUGGAUUCAAUUGUUUUGUCUGCAAGUGUUUUUGGUGAAAUGUGGUGUAUCAAUUCACUUUUUUAAUCCCUAUAAACCACCUGCCUAUACACCAACUACCUAUGGAUUCACCCUGGAUAAUUCCAUCAAUCACUACACAAAUCUCAUGCAGAACAUCUCUCAAUAUGCCGGAGUUAUCUCUGACUACCCCCACACACUCUACGGGUCACCCUCACUACCCACAUCGAUACCUUUAACAACCGUCAAAGAAUACGAUUUCAUAAUUGUGGGCUCAGGACCGGCUGGAUGUGUUUUGGCUAAUCGUCUAUCUGAAAAUCCCAAUUGGAAAAUCCUCCUACUCGAAGCUGGUGGUCUAGAAACCAUUGCUCACGAUGUACCCUUAAUAACGGCCUAUCUACAGUCUACAGCUUCCAAUUGGGGAUAUACAACUGAACCUGAACCGGGAGUUUGUUGGGGAAUGAAUGAUCAACGAUGUGCAUUUCCUCGUGGAAAAGUUCUUGGUGGAACAAGUUCAAUUAACUACAUGAUCUACAACCGCGGGAACCGUCGUGAUUUCGAUAGAUGGGCACAGGAAGGUAAUUACGGAUGGUCAUAUGCUGAUGUCUUGCCAUAUUUUAAGAAAUCUGAACGAUCGAUGCUCAAAGGAUUGGAAAAUUCACCCUAUCACAAUCGACGUGGAAAUCUCAAUGUUGAAUAUGUGCCAUACCGAACCCCAUCAGUUAGGGCUUUCAUUAAGGGUGCACGUCAAUUAGGAUACAGAAAAGUCGAUUACAACGGAGAAAGUCAAGUAGGAACAUCAUUUGUCCAAGCAAAUACAUUUCGUGGUGUUCGUCAUAGUGCUGCAAGUGCUUUUCUCAGACCCAUAAUGAAAACCCGAACGAAUCUCAAGAUCCUCAUUCAAACUAGAGUCACAAAGAUUCUAAUUGAUCCUGAAACAAAAGUUGCAUAUGGAGUAGAGUAUGUGAGGAAUAAAAAGACAAGGCAAGCUUUUGCAACCAGAGAAGUUAUUGUAUCAGCCGGAACUUUCAAUUCACCCCAACUUCUAAUGCUAUCGGGUGUUGGACCUGAAGAUCAUUUGAGAGAACUUGACAUACCCGUGCUGGAAAAUCUACCAGUUGGUAAAACCAUGUACGAUCAUAUGAGUCAUGCUGGCCUGGUCUUCCUGGUCAACACAACAGGAUACACCGUAUACACAAACCGAAUCAAUCUAUUCCAUAUCAAACAAUAUCUUGUUGGUAGGGGACCCUUUACAAUGAUCGGCGGAGUUGAAGCCCUAACCUUCUAUAAAUCACCAAACAGUAGGGAUCCACCAGAUUGGCCAGAUGCUGAGAUUAUCACACUUGGGGGAAGCUUAGCUUCAGACGAAGGUACAGGAGUUGCAAGGGGAAUGAACAUUCGAAAGGAUAUUUACGAUGCUGUCUUCAAACCCCUUGAAACCCUACCUACGGAUCACUGGUCAGCAUUUAUCAUGCAGUUUCGCCCUAAAUCCUAUGGACAAAUUAGAUUACAAGAUAAAAAUCCCUUUCAUUGGCCUAAAUUCUAUCCCAACUACUUCCAACAUGAAGAAGAUCUCGAAAUUCUUUUAGAAGCCACCAAGGAAACAAUAAGAAUAGCCCAAACACCUGCCAUGAGGGCAAUCGGGACGAGAAUAUGGGAUGCACCAUUGCCAAAUUGUGCUCAUCUACAUUUUGGCACCGAUAACUACUGGAGAUGUUCAAUUAGGACUUUAUCUGCCACCCUUCAUCAUCAGGUCAGUACUUGCCGAAUGGGACCAUCAUGGGAUAGAUCCACAGUUGUUGAUCCUGAAUUGCGAGUUCAUGGAAUCAGAAGACUCCGUGUUGCUGACAAUAGUAUAAUACCUCAUCCAAUUACCGGUCAUACAAAUGCUGUUUCAUUUAUGAUUGGUGAAAAAUGUGCCGAUAUGAUAAAGGCUGAUUGGGCAAAUGGAAAGAUGCAGAAGACUAGAAUCACAUUUACAUAGCAAAGAAAAAAAAGAACUCGUAUUAGAAAUUCCCGAUAUAAUUUGUAGAUUAAGAAAAUAAAUGCUGUAAUUUAUCACUUUAACCUCGUAAAGCGAGAAAC